UUGUCCCGAGAGCGGGACCCCUGGCAGCGGAGGCUGGGGGACAGUGAAGAGGGAAAUCACUGAACGACCGAAUAGGUGACGUUAGGGUUGGGGGCUCCUGAAAUGCCCCUUGGAUUGGUCAGCCGAGAGGAGCCAUUUACCGGGACCCUUAGAAAGUGAAAUUGUUGAAAUUCCCACCAAACCUGCCCCCGAUCAGUCAUCACUUCCGCCUGGGGCUCUUGCCUAGGCUUGGAGGUAGAGCAGUAAGGAACGGAGUGCUGAAAUGCCAGAAGAUUAAAGGGACAGACCAAGGACUCAAGGUGUGGUAGCCCAUCAGAUACGUGGCUGAGGCAAGAGCCCAACAACCCUCACCUCAUACUUGGGCUGUGUGGCAAACAAGAUCAUGGGGGAGGGGCAGGUACGAGCCACCUUAGACCCCCUCAUCGCUCUCUUACCACUCACCCCACCCCCAUCCAGGGAGCUGAGUGGGCACCUGGCCCUGGAAGAAGAGGAGCAGUGUACUGUGGAUCGAAGAGCAAACCUGACUUAUGCAGAGUUCGUCCACCAAUAUGCCUUCUCUAAACCUGUCAUUCUACAGAGACUCACCAACAACACACUGUUCCAGGACCUAUGCUCCAGAGAGAAGCUACUGGCAGAGUUUGGGGACUUCAGGAUCAGGCUGAGUACAGCUAACACAUAUUCUUAUCAGAAAGUAGACCUCUCAUUCCAAGACUAUGUCGAACAGCUGCUAGAGCCUCAAGACCCAAACUCCCUAGGGAAUGACACACUCUACUUCUUUGGGGACAAUAACUUCACUGAGUGGGGCGGCCUAUUCCAACACUACUCUCCACCUCCCUUUGGUCUCUGGGGCACUACUGCAGCCUACAGCUUUGGAAUUGCAGGUGCUGGCUCUGGAGUACCCUUCCACUGGCACGGGCCAGGCUUUUCUGAGGUGAUCUUUGGACGAAAGCGCUGGUUCCUGUAUCCUCCAGAGAAGAGGCCUGAUUUUCACCCCAACAAAACCACCUUGGCCUGGCUACGGGACACAUAUCCAGCACUCCCCAUCACUGAACGGCCCCUACAGUGUACUGUCCAGGCUGGUGAGGUGCUGUACUUCCCUGACCGUUGGUGGCAUGCCACCCUGAACUUGGACACCAGUGUCUUCAUCUCCACAUUUCUGGGCUAGAGGCAACAGCAUCCUCCAGGGUGAGGCCAACCUACUGCCACCUUCUGACUCCAAGUGCUGUUAAUUUAUUGCUACAAUUUCCCUACAAUGAAGCAAUGGUGCUGGC